AUGGUUGGCCAGCCUGCGCAUUCGCCUUGUGCGUUGGAGGUUGUUUGCUCAAGGACGACUUGUGGCGACGAGCUUUUCCUGUGCGGUGGGCACGAGAUUCUCGGCGCUUGGGAGGUCGGACGAGCUCUGAAGCUUUACACACAGAAGGAGUCCUUUCCAGUAUGGAAGCUGCAGCUCCCUGCCUCUCUCGCAGGGGAAUUUAAGCUUCUAGUGAAACGACGGAAUGGCAAUAUCGAGUGGGAGGGAGGCGAGAAUCGUUUCUGGCCUUCCCCCCUGCCCUCCGGACCCGGCGGGCGGAUUCAUCUCCGCUUCGGGGAGCCGGGCUUGGAUGUGUACGCCACUGAGGUGCCCAAAGGGUCGGUUUUCGACGAUGCUUCGACGUCGCUCCCUUCGGGCUCGCCUUGGUCGUCUCCUUCGUCGGAAAGCCGCCCGAUGCUUCCAUUAAAGCGGCACCGUACGAAGAGUGACUGCGUCAGAUCACGGCUCAUCCAUGCUACUUCACUAGCGGACAUCACCCAGAAGGCCUGCAUAUGGGACCGCUACGAACUUGAGGACACCACUCUCGGCGAGGGUGCUUUCGGCACGGUGCGCAAGGCCCGAGAUCGAUCGCUUGGCACCAUGCGGGCUGUUAAGCGCAUCGACAAGGCAAAAUCCUUCGCGCUGGAGGACGUCCGCAAGGAGAUCGAGAUGCUUCGUGAGAUGGAUCAUCCCAGCAUUGUGAGGCUUUAUGCCGCAUACGAGGACAGCGUGAGCAUCUACCUUGUGAUGGAGCUGUGCGAAGGUGGAGAGCUCUUCGACCGCUUAAUCGAGGAAAGCCAUCUUACAGAGCCAGCGGUCCAGACCAUCAUGCGACAGGUUUUUGGUGCGGUGGCACAUUGUCACGACAAGCACAUAGUUCAUCGGGACUUGAAGCCAGAGAACUUUAUCUUGCAGAAGCGUGACGCCCCUGUAGACAAGAAUCCUCUGAAACUGAUCGAUUUCGGACUGGCCGAGCAUUGUGAACCGGGAGACUUCAUGCACACAGCCUUCGGAACCAUCCUCUACGUUGCACCCGAAGUCUUGCAGCAGCAGUACGACCGUGCUUGUGACAUCUGGAGCUGCGGUGUGAUGAUGUACUGUCUGCUGUGUGGAUCGCCACCGUUCCAUGGUUCGUCAGAUGCUGAAAUCAUGCACAGAGUAAUGAGGGGCAAAUUCUCGAUGAGGGGUACUCGCUGGUCUCCAGUGUCAGACGUGGCGAAAAAUCUCAUUGAGCAGUGUCUGAACAAGGAUCGGCAGAAAAGAAUCACCGCCGCAGAUGCUCUGAAUCACCCCUGGUUCCAGCGCCCUGCAGAAGCGAGUGGGAUGCCAUUACAUCCAGAUCUGCUGGCAAAUUUGAAAGCCUUUAGUACCGAGAACCGAUUCAAAAAGGCUGCCUUGACUGCGGCGGCCUACCAACUUACCGAUGAGGAGCAGGAAGAAAUCCGCCAAACUUUCCAGAGGUUGGACAGCGACUGCGACGGGUUUGUGACACUUGAGGAUUUACAGACAUGUUUUCAAGAAAGUGUCGAUCUCAGCCCGUUGCUAAACGUGGCAGAGGUCAUGGACAAUCUGGAUCACAACCAAGACGGCCGACUGGAGUACACCGAGUUCAUUGCUGCCGCAAUGGACCAACGCCUUCACAGGAACGAGCAGUUGUGUUGGCGAGCUUUCAAAGCUUUCGACAGGGAUGGCGACAAUCGAAUCACGUAUCCCGACUUGCAACACGUCCUGCAAGAUCCAGAUCUCCUACACGAAGUUCCGAACUGUCGGAGCGCCUGGCAGUAUUUCCAAAAGAUGGACGUGGAUGGUGACGGCGAAGUAACCUUCGACGACUUCAUGCGGAUGCUUCGCGCACAAAACUCUCCUACAUCGCCAUCUAUAUUCAAUCAGAUGACCUUCGGAACUCUAACGGAAGGGCCAUUCAAGGAUUACAGCUCCGAUAGUACAGCAUCCACAGAUGAGCCUUUGCAGGGUUCGCCACACUAG